CUCUAUUGAUUGGAGCUAGCGUCCUACAUACUAGGACUACUUGCACGCCUGUGCAGGCUGCACGCGCACGCCGAUCGCCCGCAUUUGCACACUCAGCUAUGCGCUGUUAGCCAGUCAUCAAUUCGCAGAGCGCACGAGAUCAUUUGACAUUGCAAAGCAAUUGCUCUCAAUCUAGGAGAUGCUUCGAGCAGCCCUGAUCCUCGCGGGCACGAGCCGCGCGCUGGACCCGAGCGUCUUCGGCCGCUUCCGCACCUGGCCGAUCACCGCCGUGCAGGAAUUGGAGCAGCCGCUCCGGGACAUGGGCCUGAACGUGCCCGCGUCCGAGAUCGACGGCACGCGAGGCGACGGCGCGGUCGCGCUGAGCGACGCCUUGGUCUCGAUCGGUGCCGCGGGCCGCGGCGGCACCGGUAGUUUCGUGAGCGACGACGGUUUGAUCCUGACGAACUGGCACGUCGCGUACGAGUACAUCCGGCAGGCGUCCCUGCUCGAGGGCGAGGACUUCGUCAGGGACGGUUACGUGGCCAAGAGCCGCAAGGAGGAGCUCCGGGCGCCGAACUGCGAGGUCUGGUUGACGCGGCGCGUCGAGGACGUGAGCGACGCGGUCCUGGACGUCUUGGACGAGCCCGACCCGCUGAAGCGAGCCACGGCACUACGUGAUAGAAGGCAGCAGAUCGCGUCCUACGCCGAGAACGUCCUGAGGCAGCAGGCCCAGCAGCUGGGCGUCAGCGCGGAGGGCGUCCGCUGCGACGUGCAGGAGAUGUUUGCCAACGAAAAGUAUCUCUUAUUCACGUACGAGCGGCUGCGCGACGUGCGCAUCGCCUACGCGCCGCCGUCGUCCCUGGGCUCCUUCGGCGGCGACUCGGACAACUUCGAGUGGCCCCGGCACACGGCGGACUUCGCCCUGCUGCGGGCCUACGCCGACGCGGACAACGCGCCGGCGGACUACGCCGCCCAGAACGUGCCGUACACGCCGUCGAAGCGCCUCCGGCUGAACCCCGAGGGCGCGGACGACGGCGACUUUGUGUUUCUCCUGGGCUUUCCGGGCCGGACGUUGCGGUACGCGCCCUCUGCUAGAUUGGAGUACAACAAGCAAGUGACGAUUCCGGCCAUCGUCGCGGACUUUGAGCGUAAGCUCGAAGCGAUCCAGCGCUUCGAGGGCGACUCCGAGGAGACGCGCCUCGCGCUCGCGGGCAUGCGCAAGUCGCUGGCCAACGAGUUGAAGAGGAACCGGGGCAAGCUCGUCGUGGCGUCGAAGGUGGACGUGCUGGAGGAGCGGCGCAAGGAGGAGAAGGAGCUGUCGGACGCGUAUCCCGCGUGUGCCAUCUUGCUCCAAGAGCUGCAGAACAUCUAUGUGGAGUUAGGCGAAGGCCAACCGGUGCUGGACGCGUUGUCGGAGCUGCGGGGCACGGUCCUGGGGUCGGCCUAUCUGGCGGCAGCGCACGCCGUGCACGAGGCAUCCGUCGAGCUCGCGAAGCCGGACGACGAGCGGGAGGCCGAGUACAGGGAUCGGAACCGGCCGUUUCUGGAGAGGCGCUUGCGGACGCGCCUGGAGCAGGCCUACGCGCCGCACGAGGCGGCGCUCGUGGCGCACGCGCUGGACAGCGCGAGGCGAGCGGGCGUGUCGACGCACGGGUUCUUUUCGAAGGGCGGCGUCGUCGACGCCGUGCGCGCGUCGCCGCUCCCCGAGACGUUUUCGUUGGACGGCAGCUUAGACGCCUACGCUUCGGACCCGUUUGUGGGGCUGUCCGCGGCUUUAUAUCCGUUGUACGCGGCCGUGCGGGACGCGGGCAAGGCCCUGCUGAGCGACCGCGACCGCGUCACGGCCAGAUUACUCGACUUCCGCCGCGCGACGUCCACGGAGCGCCUGUGGCCGGACUGCAACGGCGCCCUGCGAUUAUCCGCGGGCCGCGUCGAGGGCUGCGCGCCCCGCGACGCCGUCGUGCACGGGCCCCGGACGACGCUCGGCGGUCUGUUGGACAAGGCGCACGAGGCCGAAUUGAGGGGCGACGACGACGGCACGUUCACGCUGCCGCCGCGCCUCCGCGAGCUGCUGGAGGGCGGUCCGGAGGCGCUGGAGCGGCCCUGCUGCCUGCUGUACUCGACGGAUACGGUCGGUGGCAACUCGGGCUCGCCGGUUCUAGACAGCGACGGCGACCUCGUCGCGAUCAACUUCGACCGCGCGCGCGGCGGCCUCAUGAACGAGUUCGCCUGGUCGCAGGAGCUCUCGCGGUCCAUCGGCGUCGACGUGCGGCUGAUGCUCUGGCUCGUCGGCACGUUCGACGGCGCGAGCGACCUCGUGGCGGAGAUGACGACGGAGAGUAAAUCAUGACACUAUU